CCGGCCGAACCACGUGACUCCACGUGCUCCAUCCAAAUCUAUAGCUCCUCCUCCUGGAUCAGACAGAAACACCUCACUGCUGCACGUCCAAGGACUGAAGAAAAUGACUGACGCUGGUUGUUGGGAGCCGGAUCGCAUCCAGUCGGUCUUAUUGAUGCCUCUAGACAAGACCACUGGAAGAGGAGAUUCCUCCAACACCUUCAUCGAAACCGUUUUUGGAAAGCACUCUCCUCGGACUGUCUUUGUGAACCCUGAGCCCACCAUCAUUGAUGUUAAGCAGAUGCUGAUGGUUAAAGAAGAAACAACAGAAGACCAAAAACCAAACGUGGACCUGCAUGACCCAAAGUCCCACCACAUAAAGGAGGAAGAGGAGAGAGUCUGUAUCAGUCAGGGGGUAGAGCUGCGAAAUGUAAAGGAGGAGAUAGAAAGUGCCAUAAAAAGUGAUGAUGAACAGUCCCAUUUGCUCUCACAGCUUCAUCAAGACCAAAUUAAAGACAGAGAACCUCCAGAAGAAAACGAUGGACGAGAAUCCAUCAAGACAGAAGAUUAUGGAGAUGAUUCCAACUUCUUAGAGUGUGAAGACACCAAGAAGCAUGAAGAGGAUGAUGAUGUAGAGCUGAAACACUUGUCAGACUCUGGACUGAAAACUAAAGGCAUUGACAGAAAUCCUGAGUCAGAUGAAGAACUUAACAAACCAAAUUCAGAAAUAGGGUCUCAAGGCCUGAUAGAUAUUAAGAAUUAUUUUACACAGAACAAAAACGGUGGCUCACAAAGGAAGAUCAAAACAGGAGAGAAGUUUAGUUGUGAAGACUAUGGCAAAACAUUUAUUAAAAAACAGAACUUAAAAAUAUACAUGAGAAUUCACACGGGACAGAAACCUUUCUGUUGUGACAUAUGUGGAAACAAAUUUAGCCGAAAAGCACAUUUAAACACACACAUGAGAAUCCACACAGGGCAGAAGCCCUUCGGUUGUGACAUUUGUGGACGUAAAUUUAGUGAUAAAUCACAUAGCAAUAGACACAUGAGAAUCCACACAGGACAGAAGCCUUUCUGUUGUGAUCUUUGUGGACAUAAAUUUAACCAAAAACAACAUUUAAACACACAUAUGUUAAUCCACACAGGACAGAAACCCUUCUGUUGUGAUCUGUGUGGACAUAGAUUUAAUGAUAAAUCAAGUUUAAGCAAACACACAAAAAUCCACACAGGACAGAAGCCUUUCUGUUGUGACUUAUGUGGUAACAAAUUUAACAGAAAAGCGCAUUUAGACUCACACGUGAGAAUCCACACAGGACAGAAACCCUUCUGUUGUGACAUAUGUGGACAUAGAUUUAGUGAUAAAUCAAGAUUAAGCAAACACACAAAAAUCCACACAGGACAGAAGCCUUUCUGUUGUGACUUAUGUGGUAACAGAUUUAACCGAAAAGCGCAUUUAGACUCGCACGUGAGAAUCCACACAGGACAGAAACCCUUCUGUUGUGACAUAUGUGGACAUAAAUUUAGCCGAAAAGCACAUUUAAACACACACAUGAGAAUCCACACAGGGCAGAAGCCCUUCGGUUGUGACAUUUGUGGACGUAAAUUUAGUGAUAAAUCACAUAGCAAUAGACACAUGAGAAUCCACACAGGACAGAAAGCUUUCUGUUGUGAUCUUUGUGGACAUAAAUUUAACCAAAAACAACAUUUAAACACACAUAUGUUAAGCCACACAGAACAGAAACCCUUCUGUUGUGACAUAUGUGGACAUAGAUUUAAUGAUAAAUCAAAUUUAAGCAAACACACAAAAAUCCACACAGGACAGAAGCCUUUCUGUUGUGACUUAUGUGGUAACAAAUUUAACCGAAAAGCACAUUUAGACUCGCACGUGAGAAUCCACACAGGACAGAAACCCUUCUGUUGUGACAUAUGUGGACAUAGAUUUAAUGAUAAAUCAAGAUUAAGCAAACACACAAAAAUCCACACAGGACAGAAGCCUUUCUGUUGUGACUUAUGUGGUAACAGAUUUAACCGAAAAGCGCAUUUAGACUCGCACGUGAGAAUCCACACAGGACAGAAACCCUUCUGUUGUGACAUAUGUGGACAUAGAUUUAGUGAUAAAUCAAGAUUAAGCAAACACACAAAAAUCCACACAGGACAGAAGCCUUUCUGUUGUGACUUAUGUGGUAACAGAUUUAACCGAAAAGCGCAUUUAGACUCGCACGUGAGAAUCCACACAGGACAGAAACCCUUCUGUUGUGACAUAUGUGGACAUAAAUUUAGCCGAAAAGCACAUUUAAACACACACAUGAGAAUCCACACAGGGCAGAAGCCCUUCGGUUGUGACAUUUGUGGACGUAAAUUUAGUGAUAAAUCACAUAGCAAUAGACACAUGAGAAUCCACACAGGACAGAAGCCUUUCUGUUGUGAUCUCUGAGGACGCAGGUUUACUGAAAAAUCUAAUUUAACAAAACAUGAGAAUCCACAACGGACAGAAACCUUUCUGUUGUGAUCUUUCUGGACAUAGAUUUCAACAAAAACAUCAUAUUAACAAACACAAGGUAAUCCACACAGGACAAAAGCCAUUUUGUUGUGAAAUCUGUGGACACAGUUUUAUUGAUGAAUCAAUUUUCAAAAAACACAGGAGAAUCCACUGAGAAACCUUUCUGCUGUGACGUAUGUGGACAUAAAUUUACUGAUAAAUAGACUCAUGAGAAUCCACACAAGACGGAUACCUUUCUGUUGUGAUGUCGUUGGAAAUGUCGUGUGUGUUAAUCUAGCUUUAACACACACAUGAGAAUCCACACAGGAGAAAAAUCAGUUGUGUAACAGGUAGUUUAUUAUAACUUUUUCAGUCAUCUUUUAUCACAUAUUUAAUCUACAGUGGUUUGCAAAAGUAUUCAUGCCCCUUAAACUUUUCCAUAUUUUGUCACAUCACAACUACAAACAGAUUUCUUUGGAAUUUAAUAUGAAAUACCAAAACACAGGGUUAUACAUUUGUGAAGUACAAAGAAAAGAUGCGAUUCAAAACAUGUUCUAUGUAUCAAAUACUGAAAAGUGCUAUAUGCAAGAGACCACUUUUCUCUGAGUGCAACUAAUUGCCAUCCAUCUAUUUUCUAAUACCCUUCUCCCUAGUGGGGUUGGGAGGGAUGCUGGUGCUUAUCUCCAGCUCAACUAAUUGCCACUUCCUGUGAAAAUUCUUGUCAGUAAAAAUAUAGAUACUCGGUGAUACCUCAGAGUUUGAUUAAGGGAAUAUUGGGGAACAAUCAGCAUCAUGAACUUCCACGAACACACCAGACACAUCAAGAAGAAAGUUGUGGAGACGUUUAGACUUGGACUAUAAAAAGAUUUCCCAAGCAGUGAACAUGUCUUGGGGCACUGUUAAAUCCAUCAUUCGAGUAUGGCACAACUGCAAACUUCCGAAGACAAGGCUGUCCACUCAAACUUUCAGGCUUAACAAGAAGCGCGCUGAUCAGAGAUGCAGCCAAGAGGUGCUUGGAGACUCUGGACCAAAAGCAGAGAUCCACAGCUCAAGUGGGGGAAAAUGUUCACUGGGAAAUUAUUAGUCAUCACUGCACAAAAAUAGUCUUUAUGGAAGAGUGGCAAGAAUAAACACUGUUAAAAGAAAACCAUAAAAUGUCCCGUUUGCAGUUUGGCAGAAGCCGUAUUGGCCAAUAAACAUGUGGAAGGAGCUUUGGUCAGACCAGGACUAAACUGAACAAAAAUUGUAACAAAAGAUGUUUCCACAAAAUAUUGAGUCAUGAUGGCUGAAUAUAAUUGUACACUGCACUUUUCAGUUUUUUAUGUUUGGAAUCAUACAUAGUUUUCUUCCAGCUUCACAAUUGUAUACCACUUUGUGUUGAACUUCUCAUAAAGUUAAAUGUUUGGUUGUAAUGUGACAAAAUAUGGAAAAGUUCAAAGGACAUGAAUACAUUUGUAAGAUCCUGUAACUGACUGCGAAGUAUUUACGCUGGUCUAUCUUAUUCUUUAUUUUUUAGGGGGUUAUUGGGAAAGAUGGUGUCAUUGUCCAUUUAUUAUUUUCAUGAUAUUGAUUUUUAUUCUGUCUUUUCUGAUGAUUUUUAACGUAUUUAGUGUUGAAGGAGUUUGAAAUGUUAGCAGUAGCCUGCAGCCAAUUUUGGGGGGGAAUGUUUGUGGUUUGAAAAUAAUUCUUUAUGGUUUGACUUUGUAUUUAAAUGUCUGUCUUUUGUUUUUCCAAUACAUGUCUGUGAGAGAAUAGGAAAAGACCAUCUGGUCAGGAAGAAUGUAAAAACAAUGUCUCUCUUUAUUUGAUUAGAUUAAUUCUGGAAAGUGUUGGAAAUUUUAUUCUGUGCUUUUUAACAGGGAGCUGAUUUACUGUUCUGUCAUGUUUCUAUGGUGAUUGAGUAAUGUUUGAAAACUAUAUUAGAGAAAUGUGUAAUGUUAUACUGCCUCCUCCUUACGAUGGUUAGAGUUCGUUGGCAUGUCAAAAUACAAAACUUCAUGGGGAAAUCCAGGAGAUGCCAUCAAAAAUGAAAAAUAUCAAAAUAAUACAUAAAACUGUAUCUUUCUUCUUGAUUGAUUAUGUUUUGUUCUGUUUAGCUUGUUACAUA